UCACCGUGCUCAGUCUCGAGCGAACCACGGCCGCGGACGGAACGCGCACAAAUCGUCACACGUUUUUCAUCAUCGCCCAUCGACCAUCAACCAGCAGCAGGAGGAGAGAGUCCGUCAUCUGUCAUCCAUGUCCGAAACGCCAGUGGACCAUUUCUGCUAGGAUCUGCACGCGUUCCGAAGGGCACACUGCAGACAAGCAUGCACGUUAGUUAAUAGUAAAUGAAUGCUGCUAGAAUUUUCCAUCGCGAGUGAAAAUGACUGCAAAGGUUGGAAAAAUGAGCACCCAGCGGGGACUGCUGCUCAGCAUCGCCAUAUUCCUUUUAUGGAUGAAAUUACCGGACCAAAGUGCGCACGCAACGGUACAGACUGAAAUCAUGGAGAAAUGGGGUGAUAACUUCGGUGAAGAGCUGUGGGAUUUAGCACAAACGAUGACUAAAGCCAGUGAGAUAACUGCGAAAUACAAAGCAUACAACGCUCGCGUCGAGCACAAAGACGGCGAGAGUUUGAUCACAUCGAUCGUGGAGAACGUGGGCCGGAUGUUCAUCCGAAAGAUGGACGCCAUCAAGUGCAUCAUCAGCCUAGCGGAGGAGCUGUCCGAGCAGUUUGAGUUUAACGAAACUAUUGCGGACAACUUUACGUAUUACUCGAGCAAGUACUCGAAUAUCGACAACCGUCCGGAGCCGGACAUUCCGUCGACGCUGCUGGAGAACAUCUGGAUGUACCGCAAUAUGUCCCUGAAUCCGGACACGCACUUUUUCAACAUCUCGGUGAACACGUCGUACAGCUCGGUGCACGUGCCGCAGAACGUGUACGACCGGUACCCGUGGGUGCUGGAGGCCCUGCAGUGGUCCGAAGCGCUGGACGACGUGUUCGUGCAGAACUACAACUCGGAUCCGGCCCUGUCGUGGCAGUACUUUGGAUCUUCCACGGGCAUGCUGCGACACUAUCCGGCCCUGGAGUGGGACCGGGAACAGGUCGAUACCUUCGACUGUCGGAAGCGCUCGUGGUACAUUGAAACGGCGACCUGCUCGAAGGAUAUCGUGAUCUUGUUGGAUAAUUCCGGGUCCAUGACAGGGUACCGGAACUACAUUGCUCAAUUGACGGUCAAAAGUGUGUUGGACACGUUUUCCAAUAACGAUUUCAUCAACAUCUACAAGUACUCUAAUGACGUGGAUCCGCUGGUGCCGUGCUUUUCUGACAUUUUGGUGCAAGCAACUCCCGAAAAUAUUCGCUUUUUGAACGAGUACGUCAAAGAGCUUCAACCGGAGGGUUACGCCAACGUUGGCAAAGCCUUUGUCAAGGCGUUUGAGCUGUUGCAGAACUACCGCGAGAUCCGCCGUUGUAACGAGUCCAUCAGCGGCUGCAACCAGGCAAUCAUGCUGAUCACGGACGGCGUUCCGAGCAACAUCACGGAGGUGUUCGAGCAGUACAACUGGUUCGAAAACGGCACCAAGAUCCCGGUGCGGGUGUUCACGUACCUGCUGGGUCGCGAGGUCACCAAGGUGCGCGAGAUCCAGUGGAUGGCAUGCCUGAACCGGGGCCACUACUCGCACAUCCAGUCGCUGGACGAGGUCCAGGAGGAGGUACUGAAGUACGUUACUGUGAUAGCGACGCCAUUGGUGCUGCAGGGCGUCGAACAUCCGCCCACGUGGACGCACGCCUUCACGGACACGGCGGAGAACCUCGAGUCGGAAGCGGAUGACGAUGAGCCGCCUCGGUUGAUGAUAGCGGUUGGUGCGCCGGCUUUUGAUCGGAAGGCGAACCACUAUAAUGAAACGAGGACGGCGCGGUUGUUGGGAGUGGCCGGCACGGAUAUCCCCGUGGAGGAUUUGGACGAGCUAACGUUGCCUUAUAAGCUAGGGGUCAACGGUUACUCUUUCAUCGUGAGCAAUAACGGGUACGUGCUGAUGCAUCCGGAUCUACGGCCUGUUUCACACGGUCGGCUUAAGGAGAACUACAACAGUAUUGAUCUGACGGAGAUCGAGCAGAUUCUGAGUGAUAUCGCGGAUAUCGCGGACGAUUCGUUGACGGGGCGUGAGAUGAACAAGGUGAUGGAGGAUUUGCGGGAGCAGUUGGUGUUUUCGAAGGUCGGCAAGAUGCUGAAGGUUCCGGUGCGGUUCCAUUACGAUAAGAUGAGGCGAGUUUCGCUGGAGUACCAGGAUUACUACUUCGCUCCGCUGGAGAAUACUCCGUUUUCGCUUGGGUUGGUGCUGCCUCAUGAUUACGGAAAUACGUGGAUCAAGGUGGGAGAUGAGAUCAAGCGGAACCAGCACAUGGGCACGAACAUCUCGGAGUUCUUUGUCGGGGAGAACUGGAAGGUGCAUCCGGAAUGGGUGUACUGUAAGUAUCAUUAUCUGGAGGGUCACGAGUUUAAAACGCCAGAAGACGAGCUGCAGCACUUCUUGGUUCGGCUGUACGAGCCAAACUGGAAAUGGUCCCAGCAGUACGAACCGGAGCCGGAGGACAUCCAGAGAGAUGGUGACGAAGAACCCAAUUGUGGACGCAAAACCCUGGAUGAUGACGCGUACUACUGCAACAAGGAGUUGGUGCAGCUGCUGGUGUUUGACGCCAAAGUGACCAACAACAGCUACCGAAGCUGGGAGUUCCAGAAUGACAGAGAGCGUAAGAUCAUCGAGAUGUACAACGCCACGCUGCGGUUCGUAGCCACGAUGAGUGGUCUGACGAGGUGGCAGUUCAUCUUUGGCGAAGUUGAGGUCGAAUCAGACAACGAGUUCGGAGACUACCACAAGAUGUCGAUUGACGAGACGUGGUACAAAAGCGCCAUUCUACAGCACAAGGUUGAUCCGAAAAGCUUCGUGUACUCGGUGCCGCACGCUUCGGAUGAACCCGAGGACGUCGAGCUGAAGGUGACCGCUUCCAUGGGAAUCUUCCCGAGGGACGGAGGGCUGGAGGCACCUGGUUGCGUUACCGGUUUCCAGUUUUCGCACGAACUCAUGCAGCAACGCUUCAUGGAGAUCACAUCGAAAACUACGUGUGACGGCUGCAUCGAAACGUGCCACUCGGAGACGCGCGACUGCUACGUGAUCGACAACAACGGGUACGUGGUCCUGUCGGAGAGCUCCAACGACACGGGCCGGUUCUUCGGCGAGGUCGAGGGCGCCAUCUUGAAGUCGAUGGUUGAGAAGGAACUGUUCGCCAUCAUUCCGGUGUUUGACCUGCAGGGGCUCUGUCUGGAGGAACGCGUCAUGCCGAAUGAUGCGUUCUCGUUGAUGCACCCACUGAAAGUCUUGCUGUUGGGAAUCAACUGGUUGAUUGCCGAAUUCUUCAUCACUCUGUCCAAGUUCGACUUCUGGGUGCACGGCAUUCCCAGCCCGGAAUAUUACGAUGCCGAAGAUUACGACGAGUCGGACUACUCGGAUCUGACGCGCCCCAAAAAGCCCAAAAAGAUCGUCGUCAACGAGGAGGAGGAGUACUUCAACCGCCCGAAGGAGAUCCGCACGGAGACGGUUUACAACGCCUGUGAUAAAAAGUCCGAGCUGUACGUGAUGCAGCAGGACAAGUUCAUCAAGGGUGACGGUUUCAUCUACGAAUCGCUACCCUCCAACCCGGCAGAGCUGCUGCACCGGCCGUACUUUGCCAAGCGGAUUCCGCGCUCGAAUCUGCUGAUGAUCAUCGUGGAGAACGAGUACCCGUCCGACCACGUGGUGCUGUCGGCGGCCCCGCAGGACAUCAACUACAACGUCUCGGAGGGGCUGCCGUGCGUGAAGACGCGCCUCAACUUCCUGCCCCGCCGCCGGCUGGAGGAGUGCUACACCGAGCACCCGGAUGAGGAGCUGGUGGCUCAAUGCGGUGGCACCUCCAAGCCGCUGCUCCAACUGACUGUAGUGAUAACGUCCCUAGUGUCACUGUUGUUAUAUCGAUGUGCCCAAAAAUUAGUCCAAUUUUAAGUAAAGUGAAGCGGAAUGAUUACCAAACAUUUGUAGUUGAAACAAAAACAGACUCACACUCACAGAAAGCAAAAUGGAAGCUCUAGGUCAAACCAAAGUCUUUGUAAGUUUGUAGGUUUAGCAGAAGAAAAUUUUCGAGACAACUUAUACCUGUAGAAUGAAAGUUUGCGGAAAUGAAGGAAAGAACAGAAUUUAUUUCGUAAAAGAUCGACGGAAAUUUUUCGAUGCCUUCAUUUGCGAAGAAUAUUAACACUGGAAACAAAGCGUUAAAAUGGUUAUUUUAAUGCGCACAUUCGGAUGAGGACCCUUGAAACCUAUACAAUCAGGAUGAGCCAAUUUCUUACAGUUGUAUCGAAAGUCAAUCAUUUGUCAUUUAAUACUCUUUUAGUCACAAUCACUACGAGGAUAAAUCGAGAAUAUUACCAAUUGUUAUUUGUUCGUACACGCUGAUCGUUGUUUAACCACAAGUGUGUUUUAUACGAAUCAUUCCUUCCACACACACAAACCACAUACUCACACUCACACAAAUACCAGCUGCCCUCCACGCCUUUUGCAGCCAAUUCUGAAGCAGUUUUUAUUUUCUAUAAAAUGAUGCAACCAAACAAGCAGAACCUCAAACAAACAAACAAUCUCACUUGUUUAACGCGUAACGACAAUGAUUAUUUGUGUAAAGCACACACACACACACACACACACACACACACACUCACACGCUCUUUCUAUUAUGUACUAUGUUGUUUUACAAUCUAGUUGAUAGAAACGACUCAAAUGAGGGUAACUUUUGUGAAAAAUGCAUGUAAAAAGAAAGAAUUUAGUUAUGGAAAGGCAUUUUUUGUUACACGUUCAUGUUCAAUUUUAUAUGAAAAACAAAGUAAAAAUAACUCAAUUGGGAACCACAAUAUUUAGCAAAUUUAAGUACCAAAUUGUGAAACAUUUAAUCGUUUAGCCAAUUGUAAAUAUUAAACCACAAAAAAAGACACUUACACACAGGUGAAUAUUUUUCUAUUUGAUUGGUGCACCGAGCUGCCAGAUAGAAGGAGAGCUCCAAAACGCAAUAUUUAGUAUUUAGUAUAUAUAUCUGCGACAGCAAAGUGUUUAAAUUAAAAUGAUGAUAUACUAGGAAAGUCUAGCCGGAAAUUUAACCACGUACACAUCUGUUUCCAUCUCGUGCCCGUCAUUUGUAAUGGAAUUUUAAUCAGUUAACGCAGUCAUGAGAUAUUUAUAAGUUAAUUAUUUAUUGAUGUGGACAAAAGUAUAACGAGUUGCCCAUAUUGAUACAAUAAAUUGUUGAUAAUUUCAAAUAAAAACAAA